AUGAAUUCCAUUCUGAAUACUUAAAACAAAAUGACAUUAUUAUUGGUGCAAGUAUUUUAUUUUGUAAUAAUCUUCAUGCCAGUGAUCCCACCUGGAAAUGAAGACGCAAACAACCACUCCGAAGACAUCAUCUAAACUCUUUAAAGGAGGGGCACCAAUAUGUAAUUCUUGUUGAUCAAACUAAAAUAUGCAGUUUCAAUCAAAAUAAUCACAUAAAUGUUCUUGUAAAUGAAUUUAUCCCCAUUACAAAACAUCUUCACAAAGUUCUACCCUCAUUUUAUAAUAAACACAAACUUAAUGAUCUAUUUACACAUCAUACUCCAAAUUAAAUAAACCACCGAAUUUGGAUGGAAACACUAUGAUCAAUGGAAUGCCACAAACAUAAAACAUAUUCCCACUCUGAAAAAUAUUACGAAAUUCUUUCAAUUCUCAUUGCUGCUUUAUUAUACAUCAUCUACCUUAUCAAUACACUUUCUCUCAUAUAUGUAUGUAUUCAUCUUACAUGGCUAUAGAAAUCUAAAAGAAUGA